AUGAUCGUCUGUUGUUGCUCCACCCUCCUCGUACUGAAUCUGCUGCUUCUGGGCUACUUUCUCUUUCACGUCUUUCUGAUUGUGACAAACCAGACCACGUAUGAGCGUUACUGUCGGGGUGAAUACAACGCUGGGGAACCGUCUACCCGGACAUUCUACAACCUCGGAGUGCGUCGAAACAUUGAGGAAUUCUUAAGCGGAUGCUACCUUCCUCCACGAGGUACCAGCAGCCAGUAUAAACUGUCUCCGCGCAUUUUCAACGAGAAGCACGCUUAG